AUGCUCGACAUCAAACAGGCUCCCGGCCUGGCAUCACAGCAAAAAAACAAGCAGGCACUCACACCACAGAACGGGCUGGAGAACGACCACGGGUUUGUCUUCCGGCGCGGGCGGCUCUCAGCGCCCAAGACACAGAGCAUGCAGGCGUUGGAGGGCGAGAGUACGGCGAAGAGCCGGCGAGAGACAAUGGUGCCCCAGAAGCGGCAGCCCGAUGGGCCAAGGCUGGAUUUCUCCCAGUCGAAGCGCCGCAUGAGCACGGCAAUGAGGGCGGCGUCGCCGUUGCAGUCGCUGUUGCCAGUGCAGGAGAUCAGCGUCCCGACUAGCCGGCCGCCGCAGCCGACGCCGUUGGUCUCACGGACGCGCAAGCGGCUCUUCAAUGAACCAAAGGCGUCCAGCGACGCAGCCAGCCGGCGCACCACGGCGGGGAGCCGCAAGUCUAGGCUGGGCGUGCGGCGGCGGUCGACGUUCUCGACGCGCGGCGUGCGCGCAUCGUCGAUCGGCGGCGGGUUCACUGCGCUGCCGCACGAUUCGGUCGGGUGCGGCGACUUUUACCGGCAUAUUUCGCCGGAGCUGCCUGAGCCGCACCGGCUGCGGCAGCUGCUCGCGUGGUGCGCGCGGCGGACAGAGGCGCCCACAGGCGGGUGGGCCGAGGAGCUAUCGGCGUCGGUGCGCUCGCUGCUGGACGACGUCGUACGCGAGGCGGUCGGCGACAUGCACUCGGCGCUGGAAAAGGGCGACAUUGCCACGUCGUGGUACCACCGCCCCGUCGACUUGGAGGCCGAGGGCCAGGGCCACCUGCCGCUGAAGCCGCAUCCCGAGAAUGAGGCUAACGAACGCGCGCGCGAUACCUUGAAAAGGCGCGUCGCCGAGCUGAGGGCCGAGGACGAUGCCUGGGUCAAUGACCUGCGCCGCGCGUCGGCCGCCCACGCCCGCACGCUCGACCGGCUGCCCAGGUCCGUGCAGACGCUGGCUCGCAGCUGUGAUGGCAGUGGCGGCAGCAGCGAGCCCACAGAGUGGCUGGCGCGGUCGGCCGAGUCCAUCGACUGGUCGGUGCUCUACACUGCCGACGACUCUGGCAGGGCCAUUCAGCGGUACGUGGCGGAGGCCAGCCCGCGGCUGGACGAGGAGAUAGCCGAGGCUGACCGGCUAAUUGCCACGGCGGUCGACGACCUGCAGGUGCAAUUGGAUGCGUUUAGCUUGGAUGUGCAUCGUGCGAAGGAGAGCCACAAUGAGGCGGAGAACUCAGCCAAGGGCGCUUCUGAUGCGCUGCAGAUGGCGCUGCAACAGCGCAGGGCUAAGGCUGUGGCUGUGGCUGUGGCUGUGGCCCGCGUGUCGAGGCCUGCGCUUGAUGCAGUGAGAUCACCUGGGGUGCCCCCGCGGAGUGGUGAUUCGACUCAGGACUUGUUGCGAACCCUGGCGGCUGCAAUAUGCACAAGUUAA